AUGAAGCUGAGCUUCUCCUCUUCAACACGGUUCGCAGCUUUUUGCAUUUCUACUUUUCACCUGCUCUUGACGUGUGAUGUGGCUGUAGGAGCACCGAUCCCAAUCAAGAACGGUAUCUCUUUCACAAUCAUCAAGCGUGAACCUUCACCCUUCGGUGGCGGUGGCGGUGGAGGCUUUCCUGGCUUUGGAGGAGGCGGAGGCGGAGGUUUUCCUGGCUUUGGAGCCGGAGGCUUUCAACCACCUCACGGUAUCCCUAUGGGUCCGCCUCCUGGCAUGCCUCCCUUCGGUGGUGGCGGCCAUAUGCCUUUCGGACCGCCUCCUGGCGGAAUGCCUGGUGGUAUGCCUGGUGGUGGUAUGCCUGGUGGUGGUGGCGGAGGCGGAGGCGGCGGUGGUGAAGGAGGUGGUGGCGAAGGCGGAGGCGGUGGUGGUGAAGGUGGAGGCGGCGGCGGCGGUGGUGAAGGUGGUGGCGGCGGUGGUGAAGGCGGAGGUGGUGGUGGUGGUGGUGAAGCUGCCGCUGCUCCUGCUGCUGAAGGAGGCGGUGAUGGAGGUGGCGGUGGCGAUGGAGACAAUCCAGAACAAGCGCUUUACUACAUUUCAGAACACACAGUUGCAACCUCUAGAAUACCCAACAUGAAAUUCAGCAUUGCAUCCGUUUAUGUCCCAUUUGUGGCUUUCGCUUUUGCGAUUAUCUCUAUCUCUUCAAAUGAAGUUUCAGCAGCACCAAUUCCAGCUUCCUUGUUAUGGACGGUAGCAAAAUCUGCCAUUAUCAAGCGUUCACCUGCUGACCCGCCGGUUCCAACGAACCCUUUUCCGACAGUUCUAACGCCCGAUCCUUCCUCUAAACCUAAACCAAAUCCUAAACCUAUUCCAGGGUACCCCGAACCUAAGCCCAAGCCUGAACCUUUCCCGAAGCCAAAUCCUUCACCCUAUCCACAACCAAAGCCUGAACCAAAACCUAAACAUGGUGGUACUUGGCCUCCGCCAACAGGUAACACUCCCAAACCAAAGAACCCACCUACUGGUUUCAAGAUUCCAAAAUAUCAAUAG